AUGCAUAACCUGACGAACUCUUUCAACUCUGUGAUCAGAGCCUGCAAAACUCUGAAUCAAGCAAAACAACUUCACAACUGCAUUCUCCAAACCGCUUCACACCGCAACCCUUUUUUCGUAACCAAGUUAAUCCAAAUCUACGCCGAUUGCAACGACCUUCGCUCCGCACUCGCCCUUCUCCACCAACUCUCCCACCCCAACGUCUUCGCCUUUACUUCCAUCCUUUCCUUCUAUUCUAAGCACGGGCAUCCACACCACUGCAUCCAAACCUACGCCAAACUGAGGCAAAACGGUGUCGUACCCGAUGGCUACGUCUUCCCCAAGGUGUUGAAAGCGUGUGCCCAGUUAUCGCACUUGGGAACCGGCACUGUUGUGUACAAAGAUGUCAUUGUAUUCGGGGUGGACUCCAACUUGCAAGUUCGCAACUCCGUGUUGGAUAUGUACUCUAAAUGUGGUGAUGUUUGGAGUGCAAUACAGGUUUUCGAUGAAAUGCGGGAAAGAGAUGUCUUUUCGUGGAAUUCCAUGAUGUCGGCUUACGUGUGUAAUGGGUUUCCUCAGAGGGCCGUGGAGGUGUUCCGGGUUAUGAAACGGGAUGGGCGUGAGUGUGCACCGGAUGUUGUCACGUGGAACACGCUGAUGGAUGCUUAUUGUAGGAUGGGAAAGUGCUGCGAGGCUUGGAGGGCUUUUGGAGAGAUUGAGGUUCCUAAUGUGAUUUCCUGGACGAUUUUGAUGUCGGGUUAUGCUAGUGCUGGGAGGCAUGAUGUUUCUUUGGGGAUUUUUAGGAAGAUGAUGAAUGUGGGCAUGGUUUCACCUGAUGUGGAUACUCUUUCAGGGAUGCUUGUGUCGUGCAGGUGUUUGGGGGCUUUGGCUAGUGGGAUGGAGAUUCAUGGCUAUGGCCUUAAAAUUAUGUAUGGGGAUGUGUUUUAUAGGUCUGCUGGUGCUGCAUUGUUGACAUUGUAUGCCGGCUGCGGGAGACUUGAUCGUGCUGAUAUUGUGUUUCGGAGGAUGGAUAAGAGUGAUGUUGUUACAUGGAAUGCGAUGAUUUUUGGUUUGGUUGAUGUAGGAUCGGGAGAUCUGGCACUUGAAUGUUUCAGAAAAAUGCAGGAAAGGGGAGUGAGGAUUGAUGGCACAACUGUAUCUACUGUAUUGCCUGUCUGUGAUUUGAGAUGUGGAAAAGAGAUGCAUGCUUAUGUUCGGAAAUGCUGUCUCAGUUCUGUGAUUCCGGUUAAUAAUGCGCUUGUUCAUAUGUACUCGGUCCGUGGAUGCAUUGCAUAUGCAUUUGCUGUGUUUUCCGCCAUGUUGGCCAAGGACUUGGUUUCAUGGAACACGAUAAUUGGAGGGUUUGGAACACACGGGCUUGGCCAAACUGCUCUGAAGCUUUUGCAGGAGAUGAGUGAUUCAGGUGUUAGACCUGAUUUGGUGACUUUGUCGUGUGCACUUUCGGCUUGUAGCCAUUCAGGACUUGUGGAUGAGGGGAUCAAACUUUUCUACAGAAUGACAAAAGACUUGGGUUUGACACCAGUGAGGGAACACUUUUCUUGUGUCGUUGACAUGCUUUCCCGUGCUGGUAGGCUUGAAGAGGCUUUUGACUUCAUAAACCAAAUGCCCCAGGAGCCAGAUAAAUAUGUUUGGGGAGCUUUACUUGCUGCCUGCCAAGAACACCAAAAUGUUAGCGUUGGAAAAGUAGCCGCAGAAAAAUUGAUCAGUUUAGAACCUCAAGAAGCUGGUCAUUAUGUGACGCUGUCAAAUAUAUACUCCAGAGCUGGAAGAUGGGAUGAUGCUGCAAUAGUAAGGAGGAGGAUGAAAGGCCAUGCAUUGCCUAAGCCGUCAGGACAUAGUUUGGUUGGUAUUGGAAGUUAG